AUGUCUAAUGAAUCCCCUUCUCCGUCUCUAACAUCCCUCCUGUUGUCUACUUCCAGUCAGCUGUCCAAAGCAGCAACGCAGAGUGCUUUUCUCGUAGCAGCGGGUGAUGGCACUCUGACCAAAGCGAAACUUUCUGAAUGGCUAGCUCAAGAUCGACUAUAUGCCCAAGCCUAUAUUGGUUUCGUUGGUAGUCUGCUUGCUCAUGCGCAACUGCCAACUCAGCACAUUCCAUUUCCUCAGCAUGACGAUUCUGUCCACUGGCGGAUUGUGCAUACCCUGAGAGCAGCUUUGGACAAUAUUUUUCGGGAGCUGAAGUUCUUCGAGGACGUUGCAGAGAACUACGGACUUGAUCUGGAAGCGAGAAGCACGGAUGCCCCGUUCGGUCCGGCGAUAGCGACUACCAACUAUAUCAACCUAUUCGAGCGAUUUUCCUCCCCUAUCAACCCAGAUGACCCUCAUGGUGCAGACUGGGUGCUCUUAAAUGGCUUGAUCGUUCUUUGGGCAACAGAGAGAUGCUAUCUUGAAGCGUGGCAAUUUGCAGCAAGGCAGAGCGAUAUAUCAAGAGCCCCCAUUUCAGAUGCUGAUGGUGGUGCACUCAGGGAACACUUUAUACCCAACUGGACUAGUCAGGAAUUUGCUGCCUUCGUACAGCAGCUAGAGCAGCUUGUGAACGACCUCAUGGACAAAGAAAUGCUCUUUUUGACUGAAGAUGCACAAGAUGAGUGCAAAGAGCUAUGGGAGGAAGUUCUUGACAUUGAAAGACGAUUCUGGCCUGGAUUGUGA